AUGCGCAUCAUCAAGCCAUCGUGGCUGAGCCACAGCGGCGAACAAAAGGACUUUGAGGUUUACAGCUGCCACAUCUCUCCCGAUGGCAAGCGACUGGCGACGGCGGGCGGCGACGGCCAUGUGCGCGUGUGGUCAACCGAGGCCAUCUACAACGCGCAUGACCCAGACUACGCCAAGCCGAGGCAGCUCUGCCACAUGAGCCACCAUCUGGGCACCAUCCACUCGGUGCGCUUCUCGCCCAACGGACGGUACCUGGCCAGCGGAGCCGACGACAAGAUUAUAUGCGUGUACCACCUGGACAAGAGUCCGGCAGCCACGACAUUUGGUUCCAACGAGCCGCCGCCCGUGGAGAACUGGAAAACAUACAAGCGCCUCAUCGGGCACGAUAACGACAUCCAGGACAUCGCAUGGUCGUACGACACGUCCAUCCUCGUGUCGGUCGGGUUGGACUCCAAGGUCGUCGUCUGGUCUGGUUAUACGUUUGAGAAGCUGCGCGUGCUGUCAGUACACGGCAGCCACGUCAAGGGCAUCACUUUUGACCCAGCAAACAAGUUCUUCGCCACGGCAAGCGAUGACCGAACCAUCCGCAUCUUCCGGUUCACCCCUCCCGGGCCGAACUCAACGGCUACCGAUAUGGUCAACAACUUUGUCCUCGAGACUACAAUAUCCUCGCCCUUCAAAAGCUCCCCGCUCACCACAUACUUCCGACGAUGCUCUUGGUCCCCCGACGGCAACCACAUCGCCGCCUCCAACGCCGUCAACGGCCCCGUGUCCUCGGUAGCCAUCAUCGAACGCACACGGUGGGACAGCGAUAUCAAUCUCAUCGGCCACGAGGGCCCCACAGAGGUCUGCAUGUUCUCCCCGAGACUCUUCCACACCUCCAAGCCCGACCAAGACGGCUCCGCAGGAACCGGCCACAAGAACCAGCUCGUCACCGUCAUCGCAUCGGCCGGCCAGGACAAGACGCUCAGCAUAUGGAACACAAACACCUCUAGGCCUGUCGUCAUACUGCAGGACCUGGCCGGCAAGGCCAUUGUCGAUCUGGCAUGGACGCCUGAUGGUCAGACGCUCUUUGCUGCCACACUCGACGGAUGCGUUGUGGUGGUCAAGUUUGACGAGGGAGAGCUGGGAUGGGUGGCACAGCCCGAAGAAAACGACCGGGCCCUCCAAAAGUAUGGCGCCUCCCGCAAAGGCAUGGGCAUCGCAGAGGAUGUGCAGAGUCUUGCCUUAGAGAACCAGAGCAAAGAGGGCGAGUCGCACGCCGUCGAGUCGAGAAUGGGCGCUCUGAUGGGCGACUUUGAAGGAGGCGACAAGGCGAAAGCACAGCCAACUGUGACGAAUGGCACGAAGUCGACCACGACCAAGUCUACGACUACAACUGCCAACGGUGGCGGUGACUCGGAAGCGGACAAACAGACCGAGAGCAAAUAUGACGAAACAUCGGCGCCUGCCGCGGCGGAAAACAAGGGGAUGGAAGCCAAGGUCAAGGAGAUGAAGUCACGCGUAACAAUUGGCAAGGACGGCAAAAAGCGCGUGGCGCCGAUGCUGGUGUCGUCUUCGGGAACGGGACAGUCGUCUCUCCCGCAGACGCAGCUCGUCGGGUCUAUAUCCACGGCCAAGUCGGCGCGGAACGACGCCCCUCAAACGAAGCUCGACCUGACCAGGCCGUUUGACGGGCUGCCCCGGGGCGGUAUUGCCACCAUGCUCCUAGGUAAUAAGCGCAAAUUGGCCCCCACAGCCACCGCCAGCGCUGUAGAUGAAGGGGACGCCGAGGAUCCGGCUACCAAACGCCAGGCCAACGGUUCAGCCCAGAUUGUAUCUAAUGGGACCGAUGGGACCGUCGAGCCUGCAGCCCUCUCCCCGAUGCAGCACGGCGUCGUGCCCACACCGGAAUUCCUCAGACCGGCAGUCAUCAACCCCAGCACGUCGUUCUCCCAGGCCAGGCUGGCAGUUCCAAAGAUUCGAUCCCACAUCCUACGUCCACUGGAGCGCGGUAUCCUCCGCGAUGAGACGACGCUUGAUGACGCAGCCAAGACGCCCGAGAACAUCAUCCUGGAAGCCAAGAACGACUCCAACCCCAAGGACCCAUCGCACAUCAUCGUAACCAAGCGAGGAGCCCUGGUAUGGCAAGAGUUCCUGCCAAGGGCAGUCAUCCUAGUGACGGCCAACAAGAACUUCUGGGCCGUGGCAUGCGAAGACGGAUCGAUCUACACGUGGACACCCUACGGCCGACGCCUCCUCAACCCCGUCAUCAUCGAGUCUCAGCCCGUGAUCCUCGAGUGCCGUGAUUUCUGGCUCCUGUGCAUCACUUCCAUGGGCAUGGUGCACGUGUGGGACCUGAAGUCGCAAUCCUCACCGCACCCGCCCGUCUCUCUGGCUCCGGUGCUAGACAUUGCCAUGUCAUCUCUCAAUCAGCACUCGGCUACGCCUGGGCCGGGCGUCACAUCUGCCCAUCUCAACACGACGGGCCAUGUGGUUGUCACGCUGACCAAUGGCGACGGCUUUUACUACGCGCGCGAUAUGUACACAUGGCAGAGGCUCAGUGAGGCAUGGUGGGCCGUCGGAUCUCAGUAUUGGAAUUCCAACGACUCGUCCAUCUCGGCCCUUCACUCUACUGCCGUGGGGGCUAGCGCUAGCAACGACGGUUCUAACAACAAGGACAAGGAUGCCGAGCCGACAGUAUCAUCGGGAAUCAUACCCUACCUCGAACGCCACACGACGAACGAAUUCCUCCUCAAGGGGAGGGCAUACGCCCUGCAGCGCAUCAUCAAGAACACCAUUCAGCGAAGGGAGGGUGAGGGUCUCGAGGCGUCUGUCAGUGUGGCCCAUCUCGAGAAUCGCAUCGCCGGUGCAAUGCAGCUCGGUGCUCGUCAGGAGUUUAGGCUGUACCUCUUCAUGUACGCUAAGCGCUUGGGUGCGGAAGGGUCGAGGACCAAAGUUGAGGAGCUGCUCAAUGCCCUUAUGGGUGGCGUGCUCGUCGGCAAGAAUGAUGACGGGAGGGGGAGAGGCUGGUAUAGUACCGGUGACGAAAUUUGCGGGUGGGAUCGAAAGGAGUUGCUCAAGGGCGUUGUCAUGAUUCUUGGUAAAUACCGUGAACUGCAACGUCUUACUAUUCAGUAUGCCAGGCUAUUGGAUAUGGAUCUCGAAGAGGCGUCUGUGAAUAUUAACUCGAUGGAUAUAGAAUAA